AUGGCAAGCGGCAAAGACUUGGAGAAACUCGUCGCUACCGACAUUCUUCCACAAAACGAUAAUUGGGAAGGUACUGAUGCUUUCCUCCGCAGUAUAGUAGAUAUACUUCUGAAGUAUAUCAAAGAUGAAAAUGAGCGAGACACGAAGAUUCUUGAAUUUCAUCAUCCUGGUGAAAUGCAAGAGUUAAUCGAUUUAGAAAUCCCUUCUAAGGCUGAGCCUCUAUCUGAACUGAUAAAGAGUUGCGAAGAUGUGCUUCGUCUUGGUGUUCGUACAGGUCAUCCACGCUUCUUCAACCAAAUAUCAUGUGGAUUGGAUUUGGUCUCCAUGGCUGGGGAAUGGUUAACGGCUACAGCCAAUACGAAUAUGUUUACUUAUGAGAUUGCCCCAGUAUUCAUUCUCAUGGAAAAAGCUGUUAUGAGGAGAAUGUGGGAAGCAAUUGGUUGGGACGUAGAAAAAGCUGAUGGGAUAUUCGCUCCCGGGGGUGCAAUUGCCAAUUUGUACGCUUUAAAUGCAGCCCGCCAUCAUCUUUUCCCUCGUGCUAAACAUUUGGGGAACAAGGAUGUUCCAGUACUCUGUGCUUUCACAAGUGAAGAUAGUCAUUACUCGAUCAAGAGUGCUGCAGCAGUGUGUGGAAUAGGUACUGACUAUUGCUUCAAUAUUCCCACUGAUUCGAGCGGGCGAAUGAUUCCUGAAGCUUUGGAACAGAAGAUUAUCCAAUGCAAGAAGGAAGGUAUGUCACCACUGUUUGUCUGUUGUACAGCUGGAACUACCGUAUACGGCGCUUGGGAUCCAAUCGAAAAAAUCGCGGAUAUAGCCGAAAGACAUCGCAUCUGGCUACAUGUUGAUGCUGCAUGGGGAGGCGGUGUUUUGUUGUCUCCAGAAUACCGUUACAAAUUGAGCGGUAUUGAAAGAGCUGACAGUGUAACAUGGAACCCCCAUAAGCUGAUGGGAGCGGUUUUACAAUGCUCAGCAUGUUUAUUCAAACGAGAUGGCCUACUAUUCCAAUGUAAUCAAAUGUCAGCCGACUACCUGUUUAUGCAAGAUAAACCGUACGACGUAAGCUUCGACACUGGGGACAAAGCUAUCCAAUGUGGGAGACAUAAUGAUGUUUUCAAGCUGUGGUUAAUGUGGAAAAGCAAAGGAAUGGAAGGUUACAGACUUCAAAUUAACCGUCUAAUGGAUCUCACUUCGUACUUUACUCAGCGCUUACGUGAUACCGAGGGUUAUGAACUUGUUGUCGAUCCGCCAGAGUUCUUGAAUAUCUGCUUUUGGUACGUUCCAAAGAGUAUUCGACAUUUGGAACCAGCUGAGAAGAAAGCUCGUCUUGAGAAGAUAGCACCGAAAAUCAAAGCCAAGAUGAUGGAAAAAGGAACUACUAUGGUUGGAUAUCAGCCAGAUAAACAGCGACCAAACUUCUUCCGAAUGAUAAUUUCGAACCAAGCAAUCACAAAGAAAGAUUUGGAUUUCUUGAUCGAAGAAAUAGUUGCCAUUGGAGAAACCCUCUAA